GCGCGCCACCACCACCUGUGUUCCUCGCAUCGCCGCCGCCCCGCAUCCCGCCCUAGUGUUUAUCAUCAGACUUUAAUUAGAGUUUGGUGCGGAAAGCUUUUAUAACAGUUUGAGUAGUUAUCGGAUAAUCAUCUCUCACAAGUUUGUCUUCAUUAUCCUUGGAAUAUUGCAUCGUCUUUCAGUGGCCAACGGUUUUGGACUGCUUUCAACAUCAUCCGUUGAGGUUAUGAAGGAGGAUGUGAAGCAGCGUCUCUCCACUGCGAGUGCGUCCCCCAGCAGCGGUCGCCAGCAUGGGCAACUCUUACUCCAGCCCGGCGGCGGCGGCCGUGGCGGCCGAGGACGGCGCGGAGGCGGCGCGCGCUUCCAGCUCCAGGGGCGGCGGCGGCGGCGGCGGCGGAGGUGGAGGUGGCGAGGGCACAGGUGGCCGUCGUGGGGCGGCGCCGCCCGAGCAGGCGGACACCACGGCCCGGCGGUUCUUGGAGCUGCUGUGCGUUGUCCAGCGCGGCUGGAGCCAGAUGCGCGAGAGCGUGGACGAGCUGGGCACGCUGACGAAGGGCACGCUCAAGCGGAACAAGGGCGGCGGUGCCCAGGGCUCCUCGACGGGGAACCCGGCGGGUGCCGACGGCCUGGAGUCGCGUCAGCGGCACUACAAGCAGCGCAAAGAGGUGGUGAGGAGCGUCACCUUCAGCGCCGGCCAGCACGACGCCAGGAGGGUGCAGCCGGAGCCCUCGCUGCGGCGCUGCGACAGCCACGACAAUCACUACGCGCUGGGGCUGGCGCCGCCGCACGCCCCCCGCGGGCCCUGCGCGCCCCGGGCCGCGCCGCGCCGCGUCUGGGACGCCCGCAGCCUCCGCUCCCUCACCGAGGACGCCCUGACGGACGCCGAGCUCGAGCUGGACCUGCCGGGCCCGGCGGCGCGCGGAGGGCGGUUUCUGCAGGACGACGGUGCCGCUUCGUGCAGCAGCGGCUGCAGCGACAGCAGUUGCGACCGCAGCGGGUGCAGUUCCUGCUGCGAUCACCACCGACGGCAGCGCAGGGGCUACGCUGGGGCGGGGCCGGGGUCCCCGGCGGGGUCCCUGACCAUGGCGCCCACCACAGAGGACCCGACGGGAGGCUGGCUCGGCGCCGAUGUCAAGGUAAGGAGGAACAUUGUGUUGACAUCGCGACCAGGGAUAGCAAGCAAGUGUUGUUGGCGAUUACAAUCUUCGCUGCAACCGGAUCGCAGAAAAAGACUUUCCAUAAUAUUUUGCGUGCGGUGUCUCGCAGGUAUUAGCGCUCACGUACCCGUGGGUGUGCUGCAAGCCUCCUCAUUGCAGUGCACUGUUGUGCCAGGGGCGCCCCACCCCCGCGCCGCUGCGAUCGUCAUUUGGAAGGCAAAUACUUUGGCGUCAUUCGACCAACUGGUUCGCUCAUGGUCUGAAAUUAGCGGCAAAACGGUGUGUUUUUCCUUCCUGCUGAGUGCUGCCGCUGCGCGGUGGGUCGGGGCGCUGAGGGG